AUGGGGAACAUUGGCACCCAGAAAAUGGGGGUGGGGAACAAUGGCACCCAGCCCAUGGGGGUGGGGGAACAUUGGCACCCAGUACAUGGGGGUGGGGGAACAUUGGCACCCAACCCAUGGGGGAACAUUGGCACCCAGCACAUGGGGGUGGGGGAACAUUGGCACCCAACCCAUGGGGGAACAAUGGCACCCAGCCCAUGGGGGUGGGAGAACAUUGGCACCCAGCCCAUGGGGGAACAUUGGCACCCAGCCCAUGGGGGAACAUUAGCACCCAGCCCAUGGGGGAACAUUGGCACCCAGCACAUGGGGAACAUUGGCACCCAGCACAUGGGGAACAUUGGCACCCAGCACAUGGGGGUGGGGGAACAUUGGCACCCAGCCCAUGGGGGAACAUUGGCACCCAGCACAUGGGGGUGGGGGAACAUUGGCACCCAACCCAUGGGUGAACAUUGGCACCCAACCCAUGGGGGAACAUUGGCACCCAGCCCAUGGGGAUGGGAGAACAUUGGCACCCAGCCCAUGGGGGAACAUUGGCACCCAGCCCAUGGGGGAACAUUGGCACCCAGCCCAUGGGGGAACAUUGGCACCCAGCACAUGGGGAACAUUGGCACCCAGCACAUGGGGGUGGGGGAACAUUGGCACCCUGUCCGUGGGGGUGGGGGAACAUUGACAUUGGCACCCAGCACAUGGGGAACAUUGGCACCCAGCCCAUGGAGGUGGGGGAACAUUGGCACUCAGCCCAUGGGGGAACAUUGGUACCCAGCCCAUGAGCAGCAUUGGUACCCACCACUUGGGGGAACGUUGCCACCCAGGGCAGAAACUUUAUUUGGGUGGUGGGACAUUGCCAUCCAUUGUCAAAUUUGCUUUUAG